GCAAAUAUAUUUCUCAACAUCUUUGGUGAAGGGAGCCGGCGGAUGGUCCUCCAGGCGGGCGAGCGGAUCACAGAUGGUCCUCCACCACAGGCUAGGGAGCCGCCAUUGAUGGCAGCCAGGGUGCCGGUGAGCCCCCCCCCCCUCAUCUGCUCGGUGUGCGGGCUGAACUUCGAUGGAGGACCACAUGAUGGGGCACACCAAGGAGAAGCGUUAUGAGUGUGAUGUGUGUGGCAAGGCCUGGCGGAGCCCGAGCCGGCUGGAGAUCCACCGGCGGGUUCACACGGGAGAGCGCCCCUUCGACUGCUCGGAGUGCGGCAAGAGCUUCACCCGCUACGACCACCUGCUGCAGCACAACCGCGUGCACGCCAGCGAAAGGCCCUUCAUCUGCUCCACCUGCGGCAAGAGCUUCACCCGCUACGCAAACCUGCAGCAGCACAACCGCAUGCACUCCGGCGAGAGGCCCUUUACCUGCUCUGCCUGUGGCAAGAGCUUCAAGACGGCGAAUCACCUGAAGGUGCACCGACGGGUGCACACGGGUGAGAAGCCCUAUGGCUGCUCCACCUGCGGCAAGAGCUUUGCCCAGUUGUCGGGGCUGCAGGAACACCAGCGGGUGCACAGCAGUGAGCGGCCCUUCACCUGCUCCAACUGCGGCAAAGGCUUCAAGUCGUCGCCAGACCUGAAGCGGCACAGGCGCGUGCACACUGGGGAGCGGCCCUACACCUGCGCCCAGUGCGGCAAGGGCUUCACCCAGUCCAGCAACCUGCUGUCCCACAAGCGCACCCACACUGGUGAGCGACCCUACACCUGCGCCCAGUGCGGCAAGGAUUUCACCCACUCCACCAGGCUGCUGUCCCACCAGCGCAUCCACACCGGCGAGCGACCCUACACUUGCAGCUACUGCGGCAAGGGCUUCAUCUGCUCCAGCAAGCUGCUGGUGCACCAGCGCACCCACACCGGCGAGCGCCCCUUCACCUGCACCCAGUGUGGCAAGGGCUUCACCCGCUCCUGCACCCUGCUGGUGCACCAGCGCAACCACACUGGCGAGCGUCCCUACACCUGCAGCUACUGCGGCAAGGGCUUCACCCAGUCCAGUCACUUGCUAUCCCACCAGCGCACCCACAACGGCGAGCGUCCCUACACCUGCAGCUACUGCGGCAAGGGCUUCAUCUGCUCCAGCAAGCUGCUGUCCCACCAGCGCAACCACACCGCCGAGCACCCCUACACCUGCAGCUACUGCGGCAAGGGGUUCAUAUGCUCCAGCACCCUGCUGGAGCACCAGCGCACCCACACCGUUGAGCGCCCCUUCACCUGCACCCAGUGCGGCAAGGGUUUCACCCGAUCCUCCAGGCUGCUGUCCCACCAGUGCACCCACACCGGCGAGCGCCCCUACACCUGCGCCCAGUGCGGCAAGGGCUUCAUCCGCCCUGGCACCCUGCUGGAGCACCAGCGCACCCACACUGGCGAGCACCCCUACACCCGGUCCUCCAGGCUGCUGUCCCGCCAGCGGGUGCAUGCCGGCGACCGUCCCGUCCCCAGCCCGGUGUGUGGAGAGCGCUUUGCCAUGGCCUCCCACGCCCUGUCUCACCAGCGCGUGCACACCAGUGGCCAGCCCUAUGACUGCCCGUACUGCGGUGAGCAGUUUGACAGCUCGCGGGGGUUGCGGCAGCACCGGCGGACCCACGCCGGCCUUGCAGCUGCUCCCAUUGUGACAAGAGAGCAUGGGGCUGCUGGAGCACCCGCAGAUACACACCGGAGAGAGACCCUUUGUGUGCCCUGAGUAUGGCAAGGCAUUCACCCGCCUUGACCACCUGCUGGAGCACCGACAAGACCACACCGGCCAGCGCCCCUUCACCUGCCCGCUCUGCGGCAAGGCCUUUGCCCACUCCUCCAGCCUGCUGGCACAUCGCCACGUGGAUAGAUAG